AUGAAUCCAAAAGAAAUUUACUUUUUAGAGUUUCUUAACGUAUGCGCAGACUCGUUGUUAGAGCUAGAUGCACCACAACUUGAAGAUUCUGGCGAAAGAAAACUGCUCAGAUCUUUGUUGGGGAAUUUAAAUGAGCAAGACCCUUUAAAUGCUACACGACUACAUUUGCUUAUUAAAACGUCCAGAAAAAACUCCCCGCCAGAAUUAAUUCCUAAACAACUGCUAAAACUUAAAUUUGCUAAAAUAAAUGCAUUAUUUCUGGUUUGUGAAGGCUUGAUAGGGAAUUCAUCCAGUCAAUAUGACGAAUGUAAUGACUCCAAACAUGAGUCCUCUGAUGAUGACUUGAUUUGGUAUCAUUUUAAAACGACGCUAGAUGG